GGGUACUGUUUAGAAGGCUGAAAGAACUUUAAUUCUGGCUGAAAGUACAAUAUUUCUCGACAUAUCAAAAUAUCAGCCCUGAGCGGUUUUCUUAAGUUUAAUCGAGUAGAAAAGCUUAGAUUAAAACCACUCGCAGACCAUUAAAUUGAAAGCUGCAGCUAAGCUGUGCGUGGAGGAGCGCUGAUUUAAGCAGCUUAAGGCCUGCAAGAGCACUGAAACUGGCCAAAAAGAUCACUAGCUUGAACGUAUCGGCUGUGCUCUGUAAGAGCUUCAAAAAAGCCGCAGCGCAACGAUUGAAAUUUGAAACAAGAGCGCCAAAGAGAGCCCAAUGGUAUGCAGAGCGCCAAUUGGCUGCACGCUUCAGCUUUAAGCUGCUCUUUGCUACAAUCAAAGAGCGACUGUCAAGCAGCUCACCUGCUCGCAGAGCGCUGCCGUCGCGUCUGUGUGGUUCGUCGUGUACAUAAGCUCGCCAGCCGAUCGUCAACGCUGACAGAGACAGCACCUCGCUGUGAGUUAAAAAUAAACUUGCGCUUCAAGUUGUAUAUAAGCUCCGCAGCUGCCGCUCACGCUCACCAACACACACACACACACGCACACUCACGCAUUAAGUAGGGGAAAUUUGAGCGUAUAAAAUUAAAUCUCAGUGGCAGCUGGUGGCGAUCGGCUGCGCUGGUGUGCCAGAGGGAGAGAGACGAGAGCCGGCAACCGGUGUGUGAGUGUGUGUCUCUGUGUGUGUGUGUGUGUGUGUGUGUGAGUGCUGUGUAUGGCACGUGCUCGCUUUUUGAACAGAGAUUUGUUGGCGGUGGCUAUGUGCCGCUGCGAUCUGCAGCUGGAGCAACGUUCAAUGAACGGCACAGCUGUUAUGGCAGGCGACAAUCCGUGGCUGGGCAAGGGAUGGAGGGUUGACUGCGGAGCUAUGCAAGAUCAUUGAAUGUUGGCUCGUGGUGGUUGAUUUCCGUACAGAAUCCUCCGUGACAGAAAUCGGAAGUAGGUAGCAGAUCCUUUUUGGCACUCAAGGGGGUUGCUGCGCUUCACUUUUGGCUGGGGGUUGAUCCUGCGCUGUGAAGUCUAUAUAAAAUUAAAGUGAUCCUCGGCGGUUGCAUCAUUCGUAUACGAAACGGCCAACGAUCGAGACGCGUGCGCGCAGCAAAUGAUCAGCUCCAGUGAUUGAAAGUUAAGUUUAUAACAAGAGUCAAGAAACAAGAUCGCUGUGAUCCUCGUGUCGUAAAAUUGUGAUUCCUGGGGCUAAUAUGGAUAAACUCAAGUACAGCAAAUGCCCGCUGAAAAAGCGACCCAUACUGGUCGAGGAGCCACCGCAUGAGGAUCAGUUGUGUCAUGAUGAGGGACCCGUGGACCUUAGCGUGGCUGCAGCUUCGGUGCCCCUAGAGCCGCCUCAAUGGUCGAUCAAAGCGGAACCGGAGCCACAGCCGGUAACCACAGAGCUUCGCCGACGCUUCGACGAGGCCAUGACACAAACCAAGGAGCAACUAGCGCGACGCAUUUGGGAGGAGACACGAGAAAUAGCACGCGCCUUUCCCGACGUCUUUACGCGGGAGGAGAUUGCCAAGAGCUUGGCGCGCCUGGGCUAUGGCGAUUUUGAACUACCGCCAGAGGACGAGGUCAUGGAGCCGGAGCACGAACGUGACACCGAAAUGGCUGCCAGCUAUGCAAGUAUAUCACCACCAUUGGUAACCGCAGCAUCAGUUAAAGCAGAGCAAGCAGAGGAGCCUUUUGGUUUGCGCAACUACAACAACAACUUGCUGAAAAGCAUUGCGGAGUAUGAGGAUUGCAUGAAACUGCCAAUGCCUGAGCACCACCCGCCGCCGCCGGAGCGCUACCAGCUGGCAGCGGAGCCACAGGACUUGAGUGUUCGACCAGAGCUAGCCCCGCAGCAGCAGCAGGAACCGCAGCGUCGUGGUCUGACUGAGAACGUCAACCUACACAAUGUGGCACGUGCGCUGCUCAGCAUGCAGCAUAUAGCGGCGCCACAGCAACAGCUGCCGCAGCAGCAGAGCUUGAAGGUCGCGCCACAUCAACUAGAGCAGGAGGAGGACCUAGAGAACCAAGAGAACCAUGAAAAUCAGCUGAAUUUGAAAAUCAAGAGCAGCAACGAUCUGUACUAUCAGUGCCAGCAGUGCAACAAAUGCUAUGCCACCUACGCUGGGCUCGUGAAGCAUCAGCAGAGCCACGCCUACGAGAGCACCGAGUACAAGAUCAUACGCAGCAAUCCCAGCGGUGGCCCCAUUGUGGAUCAAACCGAGUUCUGCACGGAUCAGGCCUCGGCCCUCAUACAAGCAGCGAAUGUCGCCUCGGCGCAGUCCAUGCAGAAGCCGGUGGGCGUGCCGCGCUAUCACUGCAAGGACUGUGGCAAAUCCUAUUCGACCUACUCGGGCCUCAGCAAACACCAGCAGUUCCACUGUCCCUCAGCGGAGGGCAACCAGGUGAAGAAGGUCUUCAGCUGCAAGAACUGCGAAAAAACAUAUGUGUCUCUGGGCGCACUCAAGAUGCACAUCCGCACCCACACGCUGCCAUGCAAGUGCCCCAUAUGUGGGAAGGCCUUCUCGCGGCCCUGGCUGCUGCAGGGUCACAUACGCACCCACACGGGUGAAAAGCCGUUCAGCUGCCAGCACUGCAAUCGUGCCUUUGCGGAUCGAUCCAAUCUGAGGGCGCACAUGCAAACGCACUCGGAUGUGAAAAAGUAUUCCUGCCCCAGCUGCACCAAGUCCUUCUCCCGAAUGUCCCUACUGGCCAAGCACCUGCAGAGCGGCUGCCAGUCGGAACAGGGUGGCGCCGCGACAGCGGGCUUCAAUCAGCAUCAGCUGCAGCAGCAUCUUCAGGGCUAUGACGAGUCUUCUCAUCAGCUCUACUAUGCGGGCAGUGUGGGCAGCAGCGGCGGCGAGGAGGAGGAUGCACACGAAUUUCAAAUGCCCCCGCAGGUCAGACAGGGCAUAUACUAAAUUAAAUAAGUUCAGCGUUUAAAUCUGUUAAUCUAUAUACAAUCAACUGUAGGAUAGUUUGGGGCUACCUCCAAGUAUUAGUCAGUUAUACAGUUUAGCCAAAGCAGGGAAAUAAGUCAGUAAUUCAGUGCCAAAAAUUAGUCAAGGCAAUUUUAUUGCCUAUUAGGAUCAUUUCUAGUGUGGGAAAAUAUAUUGUAUCCAAAAGUUAGAAUUUAUAUAUAUUAUUUAUAUUAACUAUUUAAUUUUGUAAGAUUCGUAGGGCCAAGUCAAGGAUUUGCAUCAGAUGAGCAGCCAUUUGUUGUUAACUCAUGUUUUGUUAAAAUCUUUUUACGUGUAUAUUUAUUGUUGAAACUCAUUGUGUACAAAUCGAAAUGGUGCGAGAUUGUUUAUAGCUCGAUAGAAAAUAUAGCUAUGAUUAUUUUUGCAUUAAAA